AUGGAAUAUGAAGAGGAUGAUGAUAUUUCCUUUGCGAAAUGGAUGAGCAGUUUCUGGGGCCACAACUUGAUUGAUGAGAAUGAGAAAGAGGGUAAAGGCCACAAGAAACGUCAAACACGACACUUUAGUGAAAGAAGAGCCUCCCUUCCGGCCAGGCUUUCCUCCCUCCAUACAACACGACUUCAUGCCUCUACCAAAGGCUCAUCUUCAGGCCAUCUCAAGGGCUCCAAAGAAUUUGAAGAAGACCAAGAUUGCAAAUGCCACUGCCACAAGAAGGCAAGCAGGACACCUUCAGCAGACAGUUCAUGCACAGAGAAAAGAUCAAACUCCAUCCAGGAAUUUGUGGAGUCCUUUGAGAAGCAAUUGCAUUUCAAAAGCAAACGUUCAGUUUCUUUGCAACCUGAAGGCAUGAAGGAGAGAAGAGAGAGAUUGCAUUUGAGAAAGAGCAAGUCUCACAAGAGAAUGGGAGAGAAAUCAGCCAGGGAGGGAACAGAAAGAAGAUGA